AUGACAGUGACCGUGACGCUGGAGCCGGCCGGCCGCUGCCGCUGGGACAAGCCUGCGCGCAUCGCCGUGCGCGGCCCGGCGCCGAGGCAGCUGCGCGCGUCCCUGCGCGACGAGAAGGGCGCGCUCUUCAGGGCCCACGCGCGCUACUGCGCCGACGCCGCCGGCCUGCUGGCCCUGGAGCGCGCGCCCGCGCUGGGCGGCAGCUUCGCGGGGCUCGAGCCCAUGGGGCUCUUCUGGGCUCUGGAGCCCGAGAAGGCCUUGCUGCGCCUGGUGAAGCGGGACGUGCAGACACCCUUCGCCGUGGAGCUGGAGGUGCUCGACGGUCACGAGCCCGAGGCUCAGCGACUCCUGGGCCGGGCGGUGCACGAGCGCGACUUCCUGGCGCCCGGGGUGCGGCGCGAGCCGGUGCGCGCGGGCCGGGUGCGCGGCACGCUCUUCCUGCCGCCAGAACCCGGGCCCUUUCCUGGGACUGUGGACAUUUCUCCAGCUGGAGGUGGCCUUCUGGAAUAUUGAGCUAGUCUGCUGGCUGGGAAGGAUUUUGCUGUGAUGGCACUGGCUUAUUGUAACUAUGAAGACCUCCCCAAGGGCCUGGAGAACCUCCACCUGGAGUACUUUGAAGAAGCUGUGAACUACCUGCUUAAUCACCCUCAGGUGAAGGGUCCAGGAGUUGGGCUGCUUGGGAUUUCGAAAGGAGGCGAGCUCUGCCUCUCCAUGGCUUCCUUCCUGAAGGGCAUCUCUGCGGCCGUCAUAAUCAAUGGCUCUGUGGCCCGUGUCGGUGGAAACUUACACUACAAAGGUGAGAUUCUGCCGCCUGUGGGUUUCAACCAAAAUCGAAUCAAGAUGACCAAAGAUGGCUUUGUAGACAUUGUGGAAGUCCUGAACAGCCCUUUGGAAGGACCUGACCGGAAGAGCUUCAUUCCUGUGGAAAGGGCUGAGUGCCCCUUCCUGUUUCUUGUGGGUCAGGAUGACCACAACUGGAAGAGUGAAUUCUAUGCUAACGAGGCCUCUAAGCGCUUGCAGGCCCAUGGGAAGGCAAAACCCCAGGUCAUCUGUUACCCAGGGACGGGGCACUACAUUGAGCCUCCUUACUUCCCCCUGUGCCCGGCUUCCCUGCACACCUUGGUGGGCACUCCUGUCAUCUGGGGAGGGGAGCCCAGGGCUCAUGCCAGGGCCCAGGUAGAUGCUUGGCAGCAGCUCCAGACUUUCUUCCAUAAACACCUGGGUGGGGAAAAGGGGACAAUUCCAGCCAAGCUGUGA